UGGCAUGGGAUACUGAUUUUUUUAUGAUAGUGAUAGGAAGUUUUCUGUUGAAAUAAAUUUGGCAAAUGGUAUUUUUAAAUGCAUAUAUUUAAAAAAUAAAUAUAGCAAAGAAAAAGUGAGCUAAUUUAAAGAAACAUCUUAAGUAAACAAUAUUCUGAGUGAAAGAUAGCUAGAUAGGGACAAAAAUCUUUAAAAAAAAACAUAAGAACUUCAAUCCAGGAAAGUAUUAGGUCACAGUAGUGUAUGGUUCUGUCAGUAGGAAGAAGUUAAAAGCUGUCGAUUCUGUGUGGAAUGCUCUUUGGGGGUUCCUCUUUGGAUUCUCUCUUUUGGGGAUUCUGGACUUUCUUCUGUGAAGCGUGCUGCUGAUUUCCCUGGAGAGGAGGUCGUGGAGGCGGGGCUGCCAGUCCCCACAUCUCUAGCAGACCAACCUCUUCACUGGACCAGCUGGACCCUGUACACGUGGACCCUCUCCGUGUAGACACACCUGAGUCCAGGACGACACGAGCUGCAGGGAUCCCAGCCUAGGCACGGAGCUGCCUUCUCCAGUGAGCACAAAGCCACGUUUCAAAGAAGACUGACAAAUUGUCCCCAGCUGCCAGAAGGAGAAAUCCUCACUGGACGUCUUCCUGUUUCCUGUGGUUCGUUACCUGAUUGGCUGCAGGGAUGAAAGUUUUCGAGCUGAUAGCAGGGAUGGUCCUCCUCGCCUCUGUGUUUUCCGUCUGUUCUGGACAAAAUCCAAUGACUGUGCUGUGCUCCAUAGACUGGUUCAUGGUCUCAGUAGAGCCCCUCAUGUUGAACAACGAUGUAUAUGUACACUUUCAUGAGUUGCACAUGGGUCUGGGUUGCCCUGCCAACUAUGUCCAGCCACAUGUCUACCAGUUCACCUACCGUGUUACCGAGUGUGGCAUCAGGGCUAAGGUUGUCUCCCAGGACGUGGUUAUCUACAGCACUGAGAUGCACUAUGCCUCUAAAGGCACAUCAUCCAAGUAUGUGAUCCCAGUGUCAUGCGUUGCCCCUCAAAAGUCCCCAUGGCUCACCAUGCCCUGCUCCUUGAGAGUAGCCAGCAUGAGUGGGACCCCAGCCCAGAAUGAUGAGACAUGCUACGAGGUGUUCAGCUUGUCACCACCCAGCCAAAUGGCCAACUGCGAUUGUCCGCCUUGUGUCUUUAAUGAAAGAGCGUAUCCCCAGGGUCCCCAUCAACAAGCACAGGCACAGGGGGCACAGGGGGCACAGGGGGCCCGUUCUAUGCAGCCAUCUUACUUUGUUGAUAUUUCCGAGGACUGGUGUCUUCACUCAGAUGAUCUGAUUGGUCCUAUGUGAUCCUCAGGUUUGGGGCUUCCUGAAUAUGCUAUUUCUAGAGUUAGCAAUAUAGUAUUUACAAAUAUCAGACAAAUAAAAUGCUCUUGUGGCCCUUUCAUGAGUGCUUUUGAGAAAGGGCAACCCUUGGCAACUUCAUGAAUACAUUUUUUUUUAUAUUUUUGUAUCCUUUUCUAAAGAAAAAAAUAAAAUUCU